GCUGUUGUCUGUGAUUCGGGUAAGUGUUGCCUCUUAAUUUGACAAUGAUUUUCUCAUUGUCACUGCUGCCCGUUUAUGCAUGUGUUGGGAGUAUGAACUUACUGAUCCGCUGGCUUGCCUUGGCCUUGGCCCCUACACUGUGGAAAUGUGGCAUUUGCGCUUUGAAUUAGAGGCUCCAUUCCAGACAGUCUUAAACAGGCCGGCUCUGUCCUUGUUUGCUGUGGCAGCGCACAUGCUGUACUAAGAGGGUGUUAUGAGCCCCUAGAAGAGGAGGCCCAAAAUGUCUUAUCUUCCCAGAGCAGCCGCUGAGCUCCAGCCCUCUCUGGAGUAGUACACCCCGUCUCAGUGGGAAACUCAACCAUUCUCCCCUUCCUUCCCUGGCUGGGAGCAGCCGCUGAGCUCCAGCCCUCUCUGGAGUAGUACACCCCGUCUCAGUGGGAAACUCAACCAGUCUCCCCUUCCUUCCCUGGCUGGGAGCAGCCGUCAGCAUGGAGGAUACCACAGCCAUAGUCACCACAGUCCAUUGUGCACCAGUCACCAAAGCUGCAAAGCAGCAGGCCCCAGGUGAUGAGGAGGACGAGGAAGCCGGGGGCUGGGACAUAGGAACAGAAAGCUGGAACACACAGAGUGCCGCUUCUGCUGCGAUGAAACUCCCUGUGCUCACGCAGCCUGGCCUGGGGGUAACCACGACAACAGUGACCACCAUCACUCAGACGGGAGGGGAUUGGAGCAGCAGUCUGUUCAACGUGUGUGGAGACAGGACCACAUGCCUCUUAGGGGAGAUUGGGGCCUGUUGCUUGGACCUGAGUCUGGCCCACCAGUACGGGGAGUGUCUGUGUCUGUGUCUGCUCCCUGGCUCCACAUUUGCCAUGCGGGUGGGCAUCAGGGAGAGAUACAAGAUACAGGGCAGCGUCUGUGAGGACUGGACUACAGUGUAUUGCUGCUACCCCCUGGCCAUCUGUCAGAUGAUCCGAGAGAUGAAGAGGAGGAUGAAGAGCCAAACCUACAAGGUAUCCACUGCACUACAGUGUUCCUGACAACAUGUCUGUCUGUGUGUUUGAUUCAUUCAUCCAGGUCAGGACCACAUCUUAUUCAUAUUACAAUAUUCAUGAUCUAACCUUGGUACCUCUAGCAAACUUCGCUUGUGUAUAGAACCUUCAGAGGCUCAUGUCAUUUCAUUGGUGCAUCACUGAUAUUUGCAUAUUAUUAUGUCACAGAUGGAUAGAUGAUUACUAUGUCACAGAUGGAUGGAUGAUUACUAUGUCACAGGUGGAUGAUUACUAUGUCACAGAUGGAUGAUUACUAUGUCACAGAUGGAUGGAUGAUUACUAUGUCACAGAUGGAUGGAUGAUUACUAUGUCACAGAUGGAUGGAUGAUUACUAUGUCACAGGUGGAUGAUUACUAUGUCACAGAUGGAUGAUUACUAUGUCACAGAUGGAUGGAUGAUUACUAUGUCACAGAUGGAUGGAUGAUUACUAUGUUACAGAUGGAUGAUUACUAUGUCACAGAUGGAUGAUUACUAUGUCACAGAUGGAUGAUUACUAUGUCACAGAUGGAUGGAUGAUUACUAUGUCACAGAUGGAUGAUUACUAUGUCACAGAUGGAUGGAUGAUUACUAUGUCACAGAUGGAUGGAUGAUUACUAUGUCACAGAUGGAUGAUUACUAUGUCACAGAUGGAUGGAUGAUUACUAUGUCACAGAUGGAUGGAUGAUUACUAUGUCACAGAUGGAUGGAUGAUUACUAUGUCACAGAUGGAUGAUUACUAUGUCACAGAUGGAUUGAUGAUUACUAUGUCACAGGUGGAUGAUUACUAUGUCACAGAUGGAUGGAUGAUUACUAUGUCACAGGUGGAUGAUUACUAUGUCACAGGUGGAUGAUUACUAUGUCACAGAUGGAUAGAUGAUUACUAUUACAGAUUACUGCCACAUCCGUCUAAAUAGUGAUUAUUACAGGUCUCUAUGGGGGUCAUCAUACUACAGGUUCCCGUUUGGUGUCUUAUGAGAGGCCUAGUGAUCAUUCUAGGGUUUCUGAGGACAUCCCUGUUUAAGAUGAGUCGGCAUAUGUAAAAUAAAGUUAUUUAAGUUAAGAAUGUAUUUGGGGAUGGGGACUUAGGCUUAGUAUUUGAGCCUGUGUAGGAUGUGGAACAUCAGUGAUACUUUACCAGACAAUGUUUCAUAAAUAUUUGCAAAGUAAAAUAAAAUUCCUAACCAAUUGUAUGAAACAGUCCAUGUAGGCUAAGCCAUUAAAUAAUAAAACCUAUUUGCAUAUUUGUA